AUGUUUUCGCAGGGUUUCGAAGAACACCAUGAAGGAAAUGCUAAGGGAAAACCCCGACUGCCACAGUCUCAGGGUGGAGAAGUUAGUGUUAAUUCGACCGUGAAGGGUUGCGGUGGGAUUAAUGCUAGCAGCGCAGUCUCUACCCUGAGACUAACAAAUACAAAAUUAAAUCGAAACGAAAGCGCAGACUCGAUCACAAUCAGCAGGGAUUUAGAUGUCUCUAUCGAAGUUGCCAAUGUAAGGGACUAUCAUAGGAUAGCUAAAACUCUUCUGAUUGCGUUUGAGGAAGACCCAUUUACCAACUACAUUUUAAAUACAGAAACUAAGUUGGAUCCUCUUAGUAAAAAGGGGAAAAGGAAGAAGGACUUAAUGCUUGCAUUCUAUGAAUGUCAGGUAUUGGAAUGUUUUCAUCUAGGAGGUAUGAUCAUUGUGAUGAAGGACAAUAGUUUGGAAUCGGAUCUUGCUCUGAAUCACAUUAAAUCCAAAAACCUUCCCUAUUUAGGCGUUGCUUGUUGGAACAAAUUAGAAUUUGAUCAGAGCAGCUUCGUAUACGACUAUACGGAGUCGCUUGGAGUAUUAGAUAACAUUAGGCCUUCCUUCUUAAAGUUGAGUGUAUUCUCUGCAUUGGCGAAAUGUCGCCUGAGAUUGAAGGAAAAAUUACCUUACUUAGCUGAGGUUAGAGAUAAAGUCUUGGGAGAUACGAAGUUGAAUCCAACCGGUGAUACGGUUUGGUAUUUAUCUGAUGUUGGUCUCUUACCUUCCAUGCGAGGAAAGGGAUUAGCAAAAAUAUUGAUAAAUCACUUCAUAAAUAAGUAUGUUGACCAAGUGCCGAAUAGUUGGUGUUAUUUAGAAAAUUCCAAUCCAAAUAACAGAACAUUCUACGGAAAGUUAGGCUUCAAAGUUGCAACUACUUUUGCAAUUAAUAAUGCGGAUGAACUGCCUACAGGUGAAAGUAUUUGUUUAGAUGCUAUGAUUAAACAUCCUAGGUACAAGUUCUCGUUAAACUUUCAAGCCGUUGAAUUCUUAGAACAACCCUUGACCACUAUUCAAGGAAUUGCUUCUUAG